AUGCAGGCCAACUCCCACGUUUUGGAAACCUCCUCGGACGUGGAGGAGCAGCGCUCUGAACUCCUUGGGGCUGGCAGCAUGCGCCUGCCAGGCACAGGUAUGCCUGGGCGCCUCGCUUUUGGUUUGGGCUUCCUGGGCUUCGCAUUGCUGGGGCUGGGCUUCCUCGCCGGCCGCAUGACGAUGCCACCACCGCCUUCGAGCGAGGCCAUCGAAUCCGCGGUAAUCCAGCGCUUCGACCAGUCACACAUAGAUGCCGUGGUGAAGCACAUCUUCGACGAGCACGAUGCGAACGGCGACGGGGUCUUGGGCAUGAGCGAAACGAAAGGCCUCCUGAAGCAGGUGUUGAAGGAGUCGGAUGAUGAUCGAACCGACGAUGAACUUCAUGAGGCCGCCAAGGAGCUUGAUCACGAUGCCGAUGGAGGGGUUCAGAAGACUGAGCUGAAGCAACUCAUAAACCACCUCAUGAGUGGUUUCAAGCGCUAA